CUUUAAUAGGGGGGGACGCGUUGUCUUCGCAGGCCUGUACUGUACCGCGGCGUUAAGCAACGUUUAGGUAAACACCUCAAAUUAGAUCUCAGGACUGUCAGCCAUGUCCAGGAUGUGAAACAGCGCGGCGUCGGGUCGUGUUUAGGGCUGCUUUGUGAGUGUGUCCCUCCCCACCUCUCCGGCUGGGCUGAGUGAGUGACUCCGGAUCUAUUCGCAGAAGCCCCGGACCGAGCGACUGCUCCGGAUUUGGCCAGGCGGAGGGAGCGGGGUAACAGCUGCUGCUCUGAAGGGUUUUGGCGUGUUUGGAGAGAGAGCCUAGCUGACCAUGCUGCGCGCCUGGAGGGCGCUGAGAGUCAUGGCCGAGGACUACUGGGAGCACACGGCGGCUUUGGGACAUUGCUAAGAUUACAAGGGCACGACGGGAUCUCGUCCACGGGGCGACUGAACAGUGGCUGCCCCUCCACCCUCCUCAACUCGGCCCCCCCUGUCCCCUCUGAUGGACCGCAUGAGGAAGAUCAAACGGCAGCUGUCCCUGACGCUGCGGGGGGGCAGCAGUGGGGAGAAGAGCCUGAACGACACCAUCAGCUCGCAGGACGCUGGAGCUCACAGUGACUCCGAGGCCAUGCCAGGUGGGGGCAGUGCCAGUCUGCGUGGGUCAGUGAGAGGAGCGGGCGGCUCCUUCAGCAUGCACUCACUCCUGCAGUCCUACAGCAGUGCCCUCCGCCGCCCGCGCAGCCUGGGCCGCAGCCUCAGCUCCUAUCUCAACCACACCACACGCCUGGAAAUAGUCCAUGAAGAUGUGAAGAUGGGUUCAGAUGGUGAAAGCGACCAGGCUUCAGCCACCUCAUCCGACGAGGUGCACAGUCCGGUCCGGGUCCGGCUGCGGAACAAUCCGGGACGCAAGAUUUCCACUGAGGAUAUUAAUAAGAGGCUGUCUCUGCCAGCUGAUAUCCGGCUGCCGGAUGGUUAUCUGGAGAAGUUCAGUUUGAACAGUCCGCUGUUCGAUAAGCCGCUGAGCCGGCGGCUCCGCAGAGUCUCUCUGUCGGAGAUCGGGUUUGGGAAGUUGGAGACCUACGUAAAACUGGAUAAACUAGGAGAGGGCACGUACGCCACGGUGUAUAAGGGCCGCAGUAAACUCACCGAUAACCUGGUGGCUCUGAAAGAGAUCCGGCUGGAACACGAGGAAGGAGCUCCCUGCACUGCCAUCAGAGAGGUUUCUCUGCUGAAGGAUCUGAAGCAUGCCAACAUCGUGACCCUGCAUGACAUCAUACACACGCAGAAGUCUCUGACGCUCGUGUUUGAGUACCUAGAUAAAGAUCUGAAGCAGUACCUGGAUGACUGUGGGAACUGUAUCCACAUGCACAACGUUAAGCUCUUCCUGUUCCAGCUGUUGCGAGGGCUGAACUACUGUCACAGACGCAAAGUCCUCCAUCGAGACCUCAAACCCCAAAACCUCCUCAUUAACGACCGCGGGGAGCUCAAACUAGCCGACUUCGGUUUGGCUCGAGCCAAGUCAAUUCCUACCAAGACCUACUCUAAUGAGGUGGUCACUCUCUGGUACCGCCCCCCGGACAUCCUACUGGGAAGCACAGACUAUUCAACCCAGAUCGACAUGUGGGGGGUUGGCUGCAUCUUCUAUGAGAUGGCUACGGGUCGACCGCUGUUUCCAGGGUCAACAGUGGAGGAGGAGCUGCACUUUAUCUUCAAACUGCUAGGCACGCCUACAGAGGAAACCUGGCCUGGAAUAACCUCCAACGAGGAAUUCAUCUCCUAUAACUAUCCCCGGUACCGCGCUGACUGUCUACACAACCACACUCCCCGGCUGGAUAAUGAUGGUGUGGACCUGCUGUCCAAACUGCUUCAGUUUGAAGGAAAGAAGCGCAUCUCUGCAGAAGAAGCAAUGAGACACUCGUACUUCCACUGCCUGGGAGAGAGAGUUCUCACACUGCCUGACACUACGUCCAUAUUUGCACUUCAAAACAUUCAGCUGGAGAAGGAGACAAGCAUGAGGACGGCCUCCCUAUCGGACUCCGAGCUUUUGCAAAGAUGCCUAAGGUUCCGGCACACCUUAGUCAACAGCAUAUCUCAGCGGCAGAGCCUGCUCUUCUGAUCGGUUCGAUGGAGGAGGAGGAGGAAGAGGCUGAAGAUGAAGAGUGAACGAAUGAAAGAAGGAGGAAAUAAGAGGAGGACGAACGGAGAGAGACGUUUUUAUGUGAUAACGAUGACUAUCAUGAUGUUGAAGAUGAAGGGAUCCCUGUUUUUCAUUUUUCAUUUUUUUUUUUGAGUAAUUUCUGUCAUGUGGCAUUGUGUCUUUAGAAAGGGGGAGGGGGGUAAAUAGAUGUUUACAAGGGAAGACUGAGGAUCAUUUUUUUGUUUGUUUGUUUGUUUGUAUGUAUUUAUAUGUUCUGUUUGUGUCAAAUGAUUAUGCACUCCCUUUUUGCCUGUACAUGUUACAGUCGUACUCUCCUCCCACUCCGUUCUGUCAGUUUUAACACUAUAAACGCCGCGAGCAGUCACGUUCAGUCGCCUGCUGACAUGCCGUUUGCUCUGAGUGUGGUUUUGCUGGCGUGCUCUAGCUUUAGGGGUCUGAUUUAAAUAAUAAGUGAAUAUUUUUGCAAUAUAAUUUUUUUAAUCCUUCCAUAAAGACCAACUUAUCAUGACAUGAACGGUAAAAAAAAAAACACAAUCGGAAUCAUCCCUGGAUUCACAACGAAUGUAGAACAGGUUUAAAGCCAAGUGAAUGAAGGUGCAAGAGCCUUCAUCUGAGUCUUCCUCUCCAGCUCAUCCCUUUUUUCUGUCGCUCUUUUUGUCCGUCCCUCUGAUCUCACAGAAUUACACAACACAACCACACCACAACACAAUCACAACAUAGACAAAAUAGUUUCACCAAAGAUUUUCCCCUCCUUAACUGAGAUUCACCAUGAAAUCAUUGAGCUUCCACUUCCUGAGCCCUGUCAUACUCUCUGAAUUUACUGAAUUUACCAAGCAGUAUUAUUAUAUUAUUAUAUUAAUAUCCUGGCGGCUCAUUUUUCAGAAGAAAAAUGGCUUUUGAACUGUGUAUCUUGUGUAUAAACUCUUUUAGAGCGAGAAUAAUUGUAGAUAUGUUGGGUCCGGGUGUAGCUCUAGCAGGCUGUAAUGGUGUGCGGUUAUCCCUGUAUUUUUCUGCCUGUAGGGGGCGCUCGCUCUGGCUUUGAGGCUUUGGUGUGUUUUGCAGUGAGUGACUGGAGUAUAAGUGUGUGUGUGUGUGUGUGUGUGUGAUUGUUGAACCAGUUGGUUAGUGUAUAGCUCAGGAUAUAAGACCCACUCAUGUGUGUAGGCUUGUGCCUGGUGAUGGAUAACCGAGUACCAAAUACUGUUAUGCUAACAGUACAUAUAGAAAUAGGCUGUGUUCCAAACCUCACACCAUCACACUGCUCCACACUACUCAACUGUACUUUAAAAUGUUUUUGGAACAUUUUCCACAGCCACAGCUCUAUCCAAAAUCCGAAAAUUGUGUAUGUGAUUUCACAAAACACUGUCACAAAAUCAUCUUCAGUGCAACAACACAGUCGCAGUAGAAAAUGCUGAAGAAAUUGUGUUCCAAAUCGUGUUCUCAUCUCCUGUACACCUGUACUUCAGACAAACAGUCUCUUUAGGCCAUCAAGAUAUACAGCUCUUUAAAAAAAUUAAGAGACCACUGCAGUUUCUGAAUCAGAUUCUCUGAUUUUGCUAUUUAUAGAUAUAUGUUUAAGUAAAAGAAACAUUAUACAGACAAAAUUUGUCCCAAAUUCUGAAAUUAAAAUAGUCAAUUAGAGAAUUUAUUUGCAGAAAAUGAGAAAUAACAAAAAAGUUUUCAGACCUCAAAUAAUGCAAAGAAAACUAGUUCAUAUUGGUGCAAUAAUCCUUGUUUUUAAUCACAGUUUUCAUGCAUCUUGCAUGAAAUUAGCCUAGUUUUGAAUUGGUAUUUUCCAUUUAAAGGAAAAUAUAGUGUACUAUGAUCUACUAUUUUUCGCACUAUAAGGCGUACCGGAUUAUAAGACCCGCUAUCAGCGAACGUUUAUUUUCUGGUCUAUUUUUAUACAUAAAGUGCACCGGAUUAUGCGACACAUAAGGAUCAGGGGUGUGUGGCGAGACCUGUAAAGCUAAGCUAAUCAAAUAAAACUAAUUCUUAAAGAAAAAAAAUAUCUAUACAUAUUUUUUCCAAAAAAAAAAGGUUAUUUGGGUGAGUAAAGCGCUUCUGUUUAUUUACAGUAACCUAAGAUUUACAGAUUUCCACUAAGGCUAGCUGCGGUUAGCGGCUAAUCACUGCCUGACAGCGCUACACUGAGGAACCCUGAGUGUUUUGGUAAGCCAGGGCUAUAUUAACUAGCGCUUUGUGCGACUUAGCUUGUUUUAACAUGGUAAAUUCGCAGACUACAGUCCAAUAUACUCACCUCUGAACGGCAAAGGAGCUAGCGCGGUUAGCGGCUAAUGCUUUUACUGCUCCCGCUGUGCUAGCCUGGGUUAGCAGCAGGCUACAGGGCAAUAAAUAAUACUGAGCUCUGAACAGUGAAAAAGGCAGCACUUAGCACAGUUAGCGGCUAAUGCUAAUACUUCCCCAGUCUUGAGUCUUGUUGCUCAAGAAACUUCACUGAAACUCCUCUAUAACUCUGUACUUCAGCAGAGUGGCUUUACUGCUUCUUAAUACCUGACUGGUAGAGUUCGUUUAUAAGGCGCACUCACGAUUUUUGAGCAAAUUAAAGUAUUUUAGGUGCACAUUAUAGUGUGAAAAAUACAAUAAACUCUACCCCUGUCUGUGAAUCCGCCCACUGUAACUACAACUUUAGCCCACAACACUGAACUGUGUUAAUCAUAUUUCUUUAUUUGGUGAGAUUAAGCUUCAUCUGACAUGACUGACAUCCCCUUGAUCUGGUCCUGCACCCACUUUAGUAUUAGGGACAUCGCAAUAUGCCUUAUGGCAAAAGAUUAAUAAUAAAUAAAUAAAUAAAUAAAUAAAAGCAAAGCAAUGGAUAAAAAUAUCCCUCACAGCCCCAGUUUAACCAUUUACUUAUGUUUGAUUAUUUUCUACUUGGUUAUCUACGUUAAGAGGAUUCCGUUACCAUCACAGGCCUGCAUAUGUGUGUGGAAAUCUGUUGGAGUUGGAUUAUACAGAUCAGAUGAGUAUUUGUUAGCAUUUACAGCAGCCGGCUGUAGCCCCCCUUAUGCUGUACAGAGGGACAGACUGGUCACUCAGGCCUGUUUGACCUUGGAAAAGUCCAGUCUGCAUUAUUGUGAGCAGUGUAAUUUGUUUUAUUUGUUUUUUUAAUGUUUUAUUUUUGCUCUAAAUGAACACUAAAUUCUUCAUUUUAUUAAUCAACACACUCCCUAAAAAAAAAAAGCCAUUAGAAACUGUGAUUGGUCAGAAUACUCACAGUGCACUGUCAUUGGUUAUUGUGAGGGCUCAUUUGCAAACAGCAGUCUUCUGCAAUAUCAGUAUUGGAAAAAGCCAAUAUUGCAAUAACUUGAUAAAAUAUUUUAACUAAAUAUAAUUUUUGUUCUGCCCCUCACAACACUGAAUGCAAUGCUACACACCCUUACACAUCCAGAAUGCAGUGUAUCAUAUUAACAGUGGGUGGAGCCUAUCAGAUUAUGCUGUUCUCUCUGUUAGCUGUGUUAACUGUCCCUUUAAAGGCUGAUUUCACCAAUGUUCACAUGUCUCUGCAAGUUAUUUACAGUAUAUUGGGUGUCAAAUGCUUAUUAACUGUAUUAACUAUUUACACUCUAAACUAAUGAUCGUAGAAAAGCAUGGGCAGAGUGGUCCGGAUUCGACUGGUUAGAAUGCCAAUGAUGUAGCUUGCCAUCAGCUGCUGGAGCCCCGAGAGAGCACAAUUGGCCUGGCUCUCUCUGGGUGGGUACAGUAGAUGGCGCUCUUUCCCCUCGUCACUCCUAGGGUGAUGUCGAUCAGCACAAGGCUGCGUCUGUGAGCUGAUGUAUCAGAACAGAGUCGCUGCGCUUUUCUCUGAGCGUUAGCGCUGUGAUGCUACUCGACAAUGUUCAAAAAGAGUCUGACUCGCGUAUCGGAGGAUUUGUGCUAAUAUUUAUGCGAAUAUUGGCACAUUUUUUUAAUUUCGUAAUAUAUUUAAUAUUGUAAGAAGGCGGUGUUACACUUGGGAAUUAACAGCCCAUCAGCACACCAGUUGAAACAUUACACUUACUGGACAAUUCAGGAGAAAAAUCUGCUCUGUUUCUGCUCUGUAAACUCAAUGAAGGCAGUCUGAGACACCCUUGAUCAUGGAACAAAAGGGAGGUGGGUCCACUAUUUGAGUUGAUGAGUCUGGCUCAUAUAAUUAACUUUUACUUGAUAAUAUUAUUCAGACACUGAAAUUGGAUGGAAAAUGGACAAAUACUCUUUAAAAUAAAACAUAAAAGAAAUGUAAUCCUGUGUGUUUAACAAAGUCAAUAUACGAUCUUCAGAAUAAGAAAAUACAAUAAGCUAUUUUUUUCAAAUUCUAACUGUUUUUAAAAGCAGAAAUCUUGGAAAAUUGGUGGAAUUUCCCUUUAGGGCGUUUCUGUUUACUACAAUAAAUUAUAAUGCUGUUUCUUAUUUUCAUUCUUUUUUUUUUUUUCCUCAAAUAGAAGUGAUCAAAGAAUUUAAGUUAAUUGCAGUUAAUAUUGUACCCCCUCCUCCUGCCCCUCUGAGAUUAUUUAUAUAUGAGUAUGGCUAAGUGUGAGUGUGUGUGUGAAUGUGUGUGUGUAUGAGAUGGGAAUAGGGAAUAGACUCUCUGAGGGUAGUGUUAAUAAUGUGCAUGGUGUGUCUAAUGAAGUGGAAGACUGAGGUACAUUUGUAAAUAGCCUUAGACUUUAUUUAUUUUAUUUUUUUUGUUCACAGAUCAGAGCAGUGGACUGGUCAGUGCAAUGAGAGGAACGGUCAGCUGUUUUUGUGUCAUUUUUAAAACUAAAUAUGAAUAUGAUGUUUUUGUUUUCUUUUUUUUGAUCAUUAUUAUUAUUAAUGUUACCGUGUUCUCAUUUUUUUUAAUGAGGAAAGUCUGGUUAGGCCGAUAGCAGACGUGGUGUAAAUGCAGUACGUGGUGCUGAUGGAUUAUUUUCUGGUGUCUUUGAUUCUGCAGGCCGUGAAAAAGCGGCUCUUCCAGUUUAAAAGCUUCCGUCUGCAGUGUGGGUUCAGUGGAAGGGCUAGAAGCGGCUUUAAUGCUGAUGAGAAUUCCACACCCUGUCGAAAUUUCUGCAAUAACUGUUAAAACUGCGCAAUAACCGUAGGAUUUGUACCGGAACCCUCUCCAAGAUUGAGCCCCGUGGAUUUGCAUGUUUGUGAUGAAACUGCGAGAUUCCAGUCAGAUUUGUUGUGUGGUUAAUUAAAGCUUAUUAGACUGUGUGUCAUUUUAGAAGGCUGUUUUUUACUGCCUUCUUAUGGAGCCCAAUAAUAAUCUGUGAGGUUUUAUUAGAAGUAUUGCUGAAAUCCAGUUCCCUACAUGGAGGCGCGUUCUGAGCCAGUAAUAACAAACCGCCAGACAGUUGUCAGUGUGGGUUUAUUUUUUUAUGUUUAAAGCCUUUUUAAAGGGGCAUUUUAAUGCAACGUAAUCAGUAUUAUUAUUUUUAAUAUUCAUUCUUUUUUUUAGUUUAUUUUCAGUGUGUUGUAAAGAGUCGAGAGUUGGUCCCUCUUAAUUCAGAGCCGUUUUUAUGAACACAUCUUUUAACUUUCCUUUAAGUCUGUAUGUGUGUGUGUGUGUGUGUGUGUGUGUGAGAGUGUGUGUUAGUCUGGGUAAAUGAGUGCGGGAUGUGGUGAUGUGUCCACUGGUGUAUACAUGUGUACAUUUACAAUACCAUAGAAGUUUGAAGUAAAGCUAUAGCCACAGUUAAGGCUCAUUACACUUCUUUAUAGAUUUGUUAGGCUGCUGUACAGUGGUCAGCCCGUGUCUCCUGAUUUAUCUCCAUUUUUAAAGAGGAUUCUGCUCAUUUUUGCAGCUGUGGACAGUCACCAUGUGUAGAUGCAUCACUCCCACAGUGGUCCCAUCCCCAGUCCCACUAUUAGAAACACCCCAAGUCCCAGUUUUGUCUAUCUAUCCAAACCCAUAGUUUAGUGUUUAUCAAUCCUGCAAAUUUAGUGUUUUUUUCUGCUCCAAUCUCACCUGAUUCAAGUUAUUCAGCAAUUAACAAGCCAUUCAGAGUUGCAGGGCUAUGUUAAACCAGGAAAAUUCUCAAAAUUCCUUCACCUUAAGUACUACUACCAGUACCAGUCCCAUCCCCAAUUGCUAUGCCAAAUAUUAGCCCAAUCCAAUUCCCAACCCCAAUCUUCUACCAAGUCCUAUAUCUAACUCCCACCCUACCCUCAACUUCCAGUCCUAUCCCCAAAUCCCAGUCCCAUCCUAAACUUCCAGUCCUAUCCCCAAAUCCCAGUCCCAUCCUAAACUUCCAGUCCUAUCCCCAAAUCCCAGUCCCAUCCUAAACUUCCAGUCCUAUCCCCAAAUCCCAGUCCUAUCCCUAACUACUAGACCCUUAACUCCCAGUCCUAUACCCAACUCCCAGUCUUAUCCUCAACUCCCAGUCCUAUCCCCAACACCCAGUAGUAUCCCCAACUCCUAGACCUUUCCCCAAUACCUAGACUCUAACUCCCAGUUUUAUUUCCAAAUCUCAGUCCAAUCAACUCCUACUCUCACAGCCCAGUACAACAUUCAACUCCCAGUCCUUUUUCCAAAUCUCAGUCCAGUCCCAGUCUCUCCAGCCCUGGUCCCACCUCUAAAAAUGAGAAAUGUUUAAUGUGGAAUUCUGAAUCCCGUUUGUUAUAUUUAACAUUGACUUUGUGUUCUUGCUGUCACAAUAGUCCAUCCUUCCACCAAAGUAAAGUGUGUAUGUAUGUGUGUGUAAGAGCGAGAGUGUGUGUGUGGGUAAGAGUGAGUGUGUGUUUGGUUUAGAGCUUUGUUAAAAAGGUAAAACUGUAUUGCAGUUCAUCCCAACGUUCAACAUUCUGAAGGACUGACUGAUGCAGAAUCAUGGCUGACUGUUAUCUCCACACACAUCGACCCGACCGCACUUUUGAAGGACCCUUUUUCUCCGGGACGUCCAGUCGGAUCAGCGCGGACCCCCACGGGCUCGUCCUGGGCCUGUUUUAAUGACAGUUGUGCAGGAGGAACAAAAAAAAUGUGAAUUGUGUUUUCAGGCAAUACAAUUUUUGGCCCAAACUCGACGUUUGUUGUUUUGUUUAUUUUUUCCUUGAUUUAUUUAUGGCUUCGGUUUUUACAGAUCAGCAUCUCAGAACUGAAUGUACAGAUUCACACCUGCAGUUUACUCACCUGUUACACUGAGUUCAUGAUUUUGUACAGGGUUAACUCUUGCUUCAUUUGCAUAUUUGGAAGACAUUUAUUUAACUUUAUUUGAGCAACAUUAACUCAAUCAUGAGCCAUCAAUUAUUGCUUAUUAAUGAGCAACUGAGCUUCCUUCCACUCACACAGCUUACAUUCAGCUUGCCUUUGCAGAGAAUAAAGGGAUAUUCACAUCAUUUUUCAACCUUAAAUCUGAGAUUAUGGUUUAAUGAUUAAGAUUAAGCCUAGUCUUGGGCUUCACAGCAUUAUUUUAAAGGUGAAAAUUAGAUUUUCUAUUAAAAGGAAAAUAUAGUCUACAGCCCUUAUAUAUUGCAACUGUAGCUUAUGAUCAGUUACUACAGCCAGUGUCUUUUAAUAAGGGUCCCUGUAUCUAAAGCUAUGGCUGGAUGAUUCAGACCAAAAAUCAGUAUCAGUUUUUUCUUAAUUUCGUUUGAUAUGAUAUAGUUCUGAUAUUAAUUUGAACAGUAUAAAAGUAUAAAAGCCACAGAGAAAUGGAUAAAGAUCAACAGAUGUCUGCACCUACAAACUACAGUAAAAGAAUUUGCCACUUUAUGUAAUAUGGUAAUGAACAUCAAUUAGUGACAGAUGCUGUAAAAAAAAUGGAAAUUUAAAUAUUGGAAAUGUACAUAAGUGCAUAGCCAUUUUUUAAACAUUUUCUUUUUGUGAAGAUAUAUAAUAUCUUCUUAAUACACCUCUGGGAAAGUUUCUCUGAUUUUGCUAUUUAUAGGUUUAUGUUUGAGUAAAAUGAACAUUGUUUUAUUCUACAAACUACAGGCAACAUUUCUCCCAAAUUCCAAAUAAAAAUAUUGUCACUUUUAUUUACAGAAAAUGAGAAAUGACUGAAAUAGAUGCAGAGCUUUCAGACCUCAAAUAAUGCAAAGAAUAGAAGUUCAUAUUCAUAAAGUUUUAAGAGAUCAAAAAUCAAUAUUUGGUGGAAUUACCCUGGUUAAUAAUCACAGUUUUCAUGCAUCUUGGCAUCAUGAUCUCCUCCACCAGUCUUACACACUGCUUUUGGAUAACUUUAUGCUGCUUUACUCCUGGUGCAAAAAUCCAAGCAGUUCAGUUUGGUGGUUUGAUGGCUUGUGAUAAUCCAUCUGCCUCUUGAUUAAAUUCCAGAUGUUUUUAAUUUGGUAAAAUCAAAGAAACUCAUCAUUUUAAGUGGUCUUGUAUUGGCUGCACUAUUCUUUGGAAUUAGACGAGCCAAACUACAAAUGGUGUCCACAGACAUUUGGACAUAUAGUGUGAUCUGAAAUGUGUUGAAUAAUUGUCUGGGAUAACUGAUCAUAAAAUACAGGUGCUAAAUAUUAAUAACCAAUGGCUUAUCGAUUAAUAGUUUAAUCAAAAAAGAGUCUUUUAAUCUACAUUAUGCACUUUUAAAAAUAAAGGUGUUACAAAGGGUUUACACCAAUAUAAAAGCCUGACAUGCCACAUCAUGUCAUUGGUUAGGAAAUUUAUGUUAAGUUGUGUCCCAUGACUUUUGCCCGUCAGGUUGUUCAUUUCUAUUCUGACUCUAUUCUUUUCUUUAAUUGCAAUCCUCUCAUUAAACACUUAAGACAAGGUGCGGCAGCAGCAUCAAUUUGUAAUAUAAUAACAAGUGUAUUUACUGUUAUUAUAAUAUAUUAUUAAUAUAUACAACAAAUACCUGCCAGACUCAUUCUGAACAGUUUUUAAGAGCUUUUAUCUUAAGUGUUUCUUAUAAAGUAGAGCGUAUAUUUAAAACAUCUCAUCAUUUUACUGUCCGUCCUCCUUUUAAACUUUAAUCUCCACAGACACUGUUUUUAGCUCAUCCUCUAAACGACGUCCACUAGUUUGAUAAUUACUCUGCCGUGUUUAUUAAUAGAAAUGAUUAUAACUCAUUCCUGAGAUGACUGCAAUAUAAACAUUUGCGCCUCAGUGUGUUUCGUGCAGCAGCUUGGGUUUGUUGACUGCCUUUAGCUUUUAUUAUCGGUCUCAAUACCAAAGUGAUAUAAAAACCUUGCAUGGGUCCGUCUGAAUCUUCCAGGAUAACCAAAAUGCUGAUAUUUUACUUUGCUUUGGUGUUUCUAUUCAAAUAAAGCCAGUUUCACUUCAGCACACUGCUGUUAUGAAGAGAACAACACAUAUUUAUAAUAAUCCAGAUAUGUUAAAGAGAUAUCUUCAAUAAAUGUUGUACAAUUCUGUUUAUUCAUUGUAUUUAAAGAGGAAUAUAUAGAGUUCAAUAAAGAGAUGUUCCUUUCUGAGGAUUAUUAUUAAAAUGC